GCCGCGGUGUAUAGAGCGGCGGCGGUCCAGGUCCGCACGCCCGCGGGUUCUUCCUGCAGCCCCCCGCUGGGCAGGGCCGGCCGGGCCCGGCCAUGGAGUCCUACGACAUUAUCGCCAACCAGCCCGUGGUCAUCGACAACGGUUCGGGGGUGAUCAAGGCUGGCUUUGCAGGAGACCAGAUUCCCAAAUACUGUUUCCCAAACUAGAGCACCGAGGGCUGCUGGCCAUCCGCUACCCCAUGGAGCACGGCGUGGUGCGGGACUGGAAUGACAUGGAGCGCAUCUGGCAGUACGUCUACUCCAAAGAUCAGCUGCAGACUUUCUCCGAGGAGCAUCCUGUGCUCCUAACGGAGGCUCCACUCAACCCAAGUAAGAACCGGGAGAAGGCAGCAGAGGUGUUCUUCGAAACCUUCAACGUGCCAGCCCUGUUUAUCUCCAUGCAGGCCGUGCUUAGCCUGUAUGCAACAGGACGCACGACGGGAGUGGUUUUAGACUCAGGAGAUGGGGUCACUCAUGCUGUCCCCAUCUACGAGGGCUUUGCCAUGCCUCAUUCCAUCAUGCGGGUAGACAUUGCCGGCCGUGACGUCUCCCGCUAUCUCCGGCUCCUGCUGCGCAAGGAAGGAGUUGACUUUCACACCUCAGCCGAGUUCGAGGUUGUCCGGACCAUCAAAGAGCGAGCCUGCUACCUAUCCAUCAACCCGCAGAAGGACGAGGCUCUAGAGACAGAGAAGGUGCAGUACACCUUGCCAGACGGCAGCAUGCUCGACGUGGGGCCAGCGCGCUUCCGGGCCCCCGAGCUGCUGUUCCAGCCAGACCUGGUAGGUGAUGAGAGUGAGGGGCUCCACGAGGUGCUGGCCUUCGCCAUCCACAAGUCCGACAUGGACCUUCGCCGGACGCUGUUCGCCAACAUCGUGCUGUCAGGUGGCUCCACACUUUUCAAAGGCUUUGGUGACCGAUUGCUAAGUGAAGUGAAGAAGCUUGCCCCAAAGGAUGUCAAAAUCAAGAUCUCGGCCCCACAGGAACGGCUGUACUCCACGUGGAUAGGUGGCUCCAUCUUGGCCUCACUUGAUACUUUUAAGAAGAUGUGGGUAUCCAAAAAGGAGUAUGAAGAGGAUGGCUCCCGUGCUAUUCAUCGUAAAACCUUCUAGUGCCCAAAGAGGUGUAGCGUGUUAGGAGAGUGGGAGGAAAAAGGAGUCAGAGCCCUUAACCCUUGCUGGUCUGGGCUCAUAUCUCAGGCCUAGGGUCCCCUGCAUGCCCUGAACCCUGGGCAGGUGGGGUAGCCAUGCUUCCCUGCGGCCCUCCCCUGCAGACGCGCAUGCGUGUGC